ACACCAUCCCAUGGGACACUUAGUGGCCCGAGGAGGGGAGGGAAGGGGUGUGCCAACCUGUGCCCCCAACCUGGGGGCAUCACCCCGAGCCUCUGUGGAAACCCUCCCCUCUCCUCAACCCACCCAGGGGGGCCCAGCCCUGAACUGCCCCUCUCCAGACCCCCAGCACAGGUGCUGACAGACCUCACAGGUCCCCCCAUCCUUAGCAGGGCACUGUGGGGGUUCUGUGCACAGAACAGCACAGAACCCCCACAGUGUGCAGAGGGUGCAGACCCUCAGGUGCUGCAGGGGCUCGGGACCCCUCUGAGAGAGCUGGGACCACCCAAAACCCCAACAGCAUCCCAGUGCCCUGCACUGCCCGGGUGUUCCCAGGGGGACCCAUCCCCUGGCAUUUGGGGACAGGGCAGGGCAGGGUGCCCAGUGCCCCCUGCCCCGGGAAGUACCAGCUGUGGCGUGGGUGGGAGGCAGGGGGCUGGCUGAGCGUGGGUCCCAUCCUGCAGUUCUGAGAACUGUGAUGCUGCGGUGACUGCACCUUGGGGCAGCCCCAUGGAGUCCAGCCCAGUAUAAGAGCGCAGCCCCCGGCUCUGCCGAGCCCACCAGAGACACACGCUGAGGUAGGCACAGAUUUGGGGGGCUGGGGGGGUCUCGGGGGCAUCCUGCUCCGGGGAUGCUGCUCCCAGGGCUGGGGGCUCUGCCCUGGCUGGCUGUGCCCCUCUCCUGGGGUAUGGCUGCCCUUCCCUGCCCUUUCCCUGCCCAGAUGCUGGUGCUGGUGGCGCUGGUGCUGUUGGUGGUGCCUGCAGAACCCCUGACUGCCUUCCCCCCGAAGUUCCAGGUGGGGAAGCUCAGCCAGGAUGUGGUGGUGCGAUGUGACACUUCAGAGCAGCACAUCUACUGGACGCUGAACGGGGACGAGGAGCCCAUGGCCGAGCUGGUGCCCGAGGGCCAGAAGCUCACCAUCCUCGGCUUGGACCUGCCAGCCACUGGCAACUACAGCUGCUGGGCUGGCCCUGUCCUGCUGGACUCCACCUACGUGGUGGUCAGCAGCUCCCGCGAUGAGGAGAUCAACGUGUCCUGCCAGGCUGAGUCCUACAACGGCUCCUUCCGCUGCUCCUGGCCCGGGCCGCCCUCUGCCGUGUUCCGUGCCCGCCUCGUACGCAGCGACGGCUCCGUGGGGCCCUGGGUGCCGGUGGCCGGCGAGCACGGCCGCUUCAACACCAGCCUGGCAGACCCCCUGUUCUGCCCCUUCGGAGAGGAGCUGCGCCCGCUGCAGCUGCACCUGGAGGGGCUCUCGGACACCUCCCACCUCAACCUGUCCAGGCACUUCUUCCUGCGCGACAUCGUGCGUCCUGAUCCGCCCCAGGAGCUGAUCCUGCGGCAGCGGGGGGAGCAGCUCCACCUGGCCUGGGCCCCCCCGGCCUCCUGGCCGCUCCCCAGGUCCUACUUUGCACUGCUCUACCAUCUGCAGUACGAGCUCCGCAACGGCACCCAGGUUGAGCAGUUCGUGGAGGGUGCGGAGGAGACGCCGGUGCCGGCGGGCGCGGGGCGGGUGCGGAUCAGCUGCCGGGACCCCUACAACCCCCCGGCCUGGAGCCCCUGGAGCGCCUGGAUGGACCUCGAUGCACCCCAGUAACAGCGGCUUUGAGGGUGCUGACCCCACAAACGGGCACCUCCUUUCCCCAGAAUGCCUUCACAGAAUCCCUUUACAGAACCCCCAUCCCU